GCCAGCCCUCCCGGCCGCCGCGUCCUUUCCUCCGCUCUGCUUCUCCCUCUCAGCCUCCGGUCCCCCUCGCCCUACCCCUCCUCCGCCUGACACCCCUGCCGCACAUUGUGCACUACACAGGUGCCGCUAUGCCGCCAAGGAGGGCCAAAUCCGCCGGCCAGGCAGACUCGGCCGCCGGCCGGCCACGCCAACAAACCCUGCUGGAGCUCAGCAAGCUCGAGCAACAGGCCGUGACCCCUGCCAUUCCGGACGAGCCAGCCAAACGACCCCGCCCUGGGGAUGUCAUCCCACCCAUCACUGGGGCUGCGACUUCUCAGGACCAGCCCCGGCGUAGCGCCCGCUCUCGGGCCGCCCCGCGCCGGCUGCUGGCCCGCCUCCAGGACACCAGCCCCGAAGAAGAAGAAGAAGAAGAAGAUGAUGAUGAUGAUGACACCGACCACGAUGACGAUGUCACUGAUCAGACCCGCCUGGAUGGCACCUCCAGCGACUCCGGAUCCUCGACUCCCUCCCCCUCGGACGACGAGGAUGGGGACAAGGGCGGGGGUCGCGGCCGUCGGGCCGCCUCGGCCGGUGUCGCCGCCGCAACCCCUCCCAAGCCCCGUAAGACUCCGGGGGCCCCCUCUGCCAAGCCAGAGAAGCUCCGGUUCCCGGUAUCGCUCACCCUGAGCAAGACCUCCAAGAUGGAGGACUUCCCCGCCUUCAACCAUGAGGACGAGGCGUCCUUCAAUCCUCUUCACCUGGCAGCACGCCUGCUCUUGGAGAAGUACCCGGGCCUCCGGGUUACGCUUCCCUUCCGAGCGGCCAAAACCAAGAAGAACCCCAUCCAAUGCCCGAUCAUGGGUUGCAACAAGGAAUUUACCACACACCUGGGGAUGAACUACCACCGGCAGUCACACCUCCACUCGCUGGGGGAUUUUCUCAGCGCCGCCCACACGCAUUUGUCCCUUUCGCCAUCUCAACUCCACAGCUACCUCACUCGAGUGGGGGACUCCGUGCUGCAGGUGAAUUUCGAGGUGACCGGCAUGUUUCAGGCCUGUCGGACAUUGGAUUUCAUCAUUGGCGAGCAUACGGCCGUUGAGCUGGCCUCCCCCAACCGGAAGCGCCCCCGGCCGCGGCAGUUUGCAACGGUCCGCUCGCCGGCCGACCUGAUCGCCACCGGUGAAUUGGCCGGCACCGGCCUGGCAGACAUGUCGCCGGUUGACUCGCAGUCCGGACGGGCACCCCUCCCGCUGGCCCUGCUACAGGGAGUGGUCACCAUGACCCGGCCGCAGCUGAACAAGUCCAGCCUGCCCCCGGCCCUGACGUCGAUUGUCUUUCAUUCACCGGUUCCCCGGGCCACGCGCAAGAAUUUGAUCGAGCUGGUGUCGCGAUCGUCGAAGGUGAAUUUGCAGGCGGCUGUCUGGCGCGCACGCCGGAAGCCGGUGGACUCCUUCCAUGUGGGCCCGAUGGCCGGAACAGCCCCCGCCACAGGGCGCACACCUUUCCCGGGGCUCGUGUGCUCCCGGGGAUCGGUCUCGCUGCCGGCAUCGGAAACCGUGGCCGCGGUGGCCGACGUCCUCUCGGCCCGGCCAGCCCCCUCCUUCUCGCUGACCUCGGUCGAGACCCUCCCCGGGGCCAAGAUCCUCGGCAUCAACAACCCGAAGAUGGCAUAUGCACUCCCGCCCCUUUCGGCCCUGUCAUUGGAUCCCCUCGCCCAGUCGAUCGUCAAUGCGGGUGGCGACAUCCGCUCCCUUGCCUGGGCGCCAGUGGCACAUCGCGAUCAUGCUCCGCUGCUUGCGGUGAGCGCCACCCCGGCGUCACCCUUCACCGACGUCGAGCCGCAGCUGAGCUUCUACGACUUUUGUGACCAGCCGGGCUUGAUUCAAAUUUGGAGCACCAGCGACACUCCCACUUUGCAGAUGUGCAUCUCCCACUCCUCGGGCAUCUGCUGUGAUAUGGCAUGGUGCCCGGCGCCCUUUGGCUCGGACCUCACGCAAGACCAGCCGCCAGCCGACCCCGACGAUCGGUCCACCUUUCCGCGUCUCGGACUGUUGGCAUGCGCCUUCUCCGAUGGCACGAUCAAGAUCUUCUCGGUCCCCUGCCCUCGAGCCCUCCAGACAUCGUGGACCUCCUUCAAUGCCUCGCUUCACCCCACCCUCCGGUGUCCUGUCAUUGCCCUUGUGCCAGUGCGUGAUGUCCCGCUCUCCGGGGUAUCGGCCGACGAUUUGAUCAAUGGCCGGGCACCGCCGCAUGCGUCGGGCCUUUGCCUUUCCUGGCACACCCACACCGAUGGGGCCCUUCUGGCAGCCGGCUUGUCAUCCGGCUUCGUGGUGGUUAUUUCCCUGGAUGCGGACUCGGCGCCGUUGGACACCGCAGACCGGGAUCCAGCCUCCGAGGCAGCCGCCACGCGCCGGACCUCCGAGUCGCUGCUGGACGUGGCCGCAUGCUUCCGCGCGCACCUCAAGGCGGUCCGGGCGCUGAGCUUCUGCCCCUUCGAUGGCACCAAGCUCCUGACCGCCUCCGAUGAGGGGGCCACUGCCAUUUGGGACAUCACCAUCCCCAGUGCCCCACUGACCAUGACCCGCGCUCGUUCUAUCAGCCAAAGCGUCGGCUGGACCCUCCUGCCCAUGGGGUUUUAUUAUGCCGAGGAUUCCUUCCUCAAUGUGUGCUCCUUCGAAGACUCGAUCACCUCGUUGUCCUUCACUCGGCAACUGGAGCACUCGGGCAGCUUGAUGUCAUCGGAUGUCUCCACCGAUCAUGGUGUCAUCGCAUCGGUCGGCUCCGAUGGUGUCCUCCAGGCCAUGGUCAACCAGACAUACAUGCGGCACAAGCUCCCCUCGGUGGCCCUGCUGUCGCUCACCCCCUGCCUGCCGACUCCGGAGCAGCGGACCUCCCAACAGUUUGUUCCAAACCAUUGGCGCAUGCAAUUGGGCAUGCGAGAGGCGGAAAAACCCUCCAAGGAGGUGGUCUUCCACCCGGGCCAGUGCUGGACGAGCGUUCGCUGGGCCGCAACCGGGCCACUGCUCGCGGCCGGGUCCGGCCUCGGCACGGUGCACAUCAUUCGGCUAACCUGACGAAUACAUACCCACACACCCGCAGGGCCCUUCCCCCUCCCUUGGGAGACUCCUGCCGGUUGGAAGCCCGACAGCUGAGUAAAUUGCACCACACACUGCCCAUGUAUCCAUCGGAGUAGGAGGGGAGCGACGCGAGGGCAGGAGGCGCAGAAUAAUGCCGUAUAUUGCA